AUGGGUCAUGUGUGGACCUGGCUGGAAUCCAAAGGAGAAUUCUUCACUGAGUCUGAGAAGAGCAGCAGCUGCAAAUCUCUCUGUAGCUCUCCAGACUCCAGCUUAGACCUUGAUCUGGAACUGAACAGCUGGCAGGAAACUGAAGAAGAUGCUCAGGAGGAGUUAGAAGAGAGCAGCAGCCAAGAGGAGACAAGCCAGCUGGAAACUGGCAACUCCAUGGCAUGGGAAUAUGCUAACAAAGGAGAACAAGAUGAGAGUGGGAAAUGCAAGCAGGAUGCUCUCUGGAGGUUUCUAUCUGAGGUGACGUAUUUGAUGGAGCCAGUUUGUGUUGGCAGCCCGUACUUGGCACAGGGCCCUCAGGUUUUCUCUGGUGCUGGAGAGCAGAAUGGAAGGGUUGCUGUAGCUCACAAAGGAGACACAAAGGGAUCACUUGUACACAAAGAAGAAGAAUUGGGGCAGGAAAGUCAUUUACAGAUUUUUAAAAACCAAGCUAGGGAGAGAUCUGCUUCCCAGAGAAGGGGAAAUUGGGCACUGCAGGUCUUGGAAGGGCUGCCAGUCAUGAACUGGGAAGCGGAGGCCAUGGAAGGACUUCCUGAUCUGUGCGAGGAACCUGGAUGCUCUCAGUUUCGGGAUAGCCAGUUUGAUGAGGAUCCAGGAAAGAAGGUCCUGCACUACCUGAUGGCCAGUACAGCAGAAACGGAUGUAGAUGAGGCCUCGUCUUUAGAACUUAUGAAGCAGACUCCACGUGAAUGGAAAAUACUGAAGAAAGAGAUACCACCAAGUAUAAUGGAAGUGGCUGUGGAAAACACUGAAGAUCAAGCUGAGGACUGGAAAGACAGUGAUUUCCAUUUGAGUUAUAGCAAUGAUGACUCCAGUCCUUGUGGAACACCCCUAAUAAGCUCUCCUUCCACAAGUACAGCCUCCUUGCCUUUGAUGCACUUGAGCCAAGAUGAUCCACUUCAACAGCAUUUGCUCUUCAAGAAAACUCUGUUGUCUAUCUGGAAGAUGGUUGCUGGCCAUAGAUACAGUGGCCCCUUCCUGAAGCCCGUUUCAGAGAAGCAGGCUCCUGGUUACAAAGAUGUGGUCAAAAGACCAGUGGAUCUUUCCUCCAUAAAGAGAAACUUGUCUAAAGGCCAGAUCCAGCAUAUGGUCCAGUUCCAACGUGAUCUCAUGCUGAUGUUUCAGAAUGCCAUCAUGUACAAUAAUUCCAACCACCAUAUCCAUCGCAUUGCUGUGGAGAUGCAGCAGGAGGUGCUGGAGCAACUCCAAAUGUUGGGUGAGGCACUCCUGUGCUCAGAAGAAAUGCGAGGAUUUGUGAGAAGGUGCUGAUGAAGCAGUGAAAAAGGGUAGUGCAUGGUUGAGAAGUUGGAGUUCAAGCCUGUUUCCUGAAGUCUUACUUUAGGGAAAAAGUUGUUUGUUUGUUUACUAGUUUAACACUGCU